AUGCUUCGAGCCCCACCUGAUAGUCUAGGCCCAUCGCAGCCAUCGACACAGCAGAAUAGCUCGCCGCAUCCUCAUUUCCACAUAGAACGCGAGUGGUCAAUGCGUCAUUUGCCAUCGGUAAAUAGUUUCUACAAGUCAAGUAGCGUUUCUGGGGCCGAGAAACGUCGGAUUUACGAUGAAUGGACUAGUCAGUAUCUCGUGUCGAACAACGCCAGUCUGGCUCGUACUAAACAUCAUUCAGGCGUUGGAAAACCACACAACUUGAUCUGCUCGCAAUGUCGCAAUCCAGAUGACUUGAUUCCUUGCGAGACCUGUUGCAGGUCCUACCACGCCGCUUGCCUCCAACGACUUGAAGGAUUAUUUCCUCCUAGGCCUUUUUACUGUCCGUCGUGUCGACAGAAUCAAUGGGAUCAAUCGGUUCAAUUUGACACGCCUCUUCCGUCGUCCAACGUGUCGCGGAGCAGCACUCCGAGCGUGCAUGGCCCCAGUAAAGUUAGUAGUCCUUCCGGCUACAGCGCAUUUCAUCAACAUCGGUCAAUACAAACGGUGGGACCCGGUCCUUGGGAGACUCCCAAUCUAUCUGUCACAUCUCCACAGCAAGUCCAACAGCUUCACCAAACGCCCUCUAUUCAACCAGAAUUACUUUCCCAGGCUAAGGAGUUUCUGAUGACCAAUGGAAACUUCCCGGCUGAUCAGGAGUUCUCGGUCGAACUGUUGUCGAAAUUAGGAUUCAUCAUGGCGGCUGUGGAGUCUCAAAACGCACUUCAAGCUGAAAAUCGGAAUUUGAGAGAGGAGAAUGCAAGUUUGCGAAGUGAUAACGCUAACAUGAGAGAUUACUUCAAUGCUAAACUACCAACGCGUGAGCCCAUGAUAAAUACUCAGGCAUGGGAAUGCUCAACAGAUAUCCCGAACACGACAGCCGAUCCAGGCGACAAAGCAUGGGACAGGAUCGUGUCUGAUAUGAUUUGA